AUACAGUGUUACGUUUGAAGGUGAGCAUUUAGUAGAGAGUUCAGUUCCAACUUCUCGUUUAUGUUACUUUUGAUACAUUUUUCAUUUCUCUUCAAAUGAUCUAAACACAUGGCUAAUUAUCCUGUAUGGGUACGUACAGUACCAUUCAUUGGAACAAUGGUAGUUUCAGCUUAUGCUGUUGCAUAUACAUGGUAUUAUACUCUUGAAAAAAAACGAUUACAAUCACAUUCACAUAAUUUAGAUGAAGCGUAUGUUUUAGAAUUUUAUAAAAAAAUUUCCGAAACUACCGGUAAAACUGAAUGGAAGAAUAAACGAGUAAAACGUCCAUGGGGUGAAUGA